CCAGACCCUCAGCGGCCUGAAGCCUUGAGCCGGAGCGGGAGUCGGAGUUUUGUUCUGGCACAUUCGUAUCGAUAUGCCUCCGAAGAAGCCAGCUCAGGCUGCAGCAGGUAGUAAGAAAACUCAGGAGAAGAAGAAGGAGAAGAUUAUCGAGGACAAGACAUUUGGACUGAAGAAUAAAAAGGGAGCAAAGCAACAGAAAUUCAUCAAGACUGUCACACAGCAAGUGAAGUAUGGCCAGCAAAACGCUCGCCAGAUCGCUGCAGCUGAGACCGAGAAGAACAAGAAGACCGACAAGAAGAAGGAGCUGUCUGAGCUGAAUGAGCUUUUCAAACCGGUAGUGGCUGCUCAGAAAGUCAGCAAAGGUGUGGACCCUAAGUCAGUGCUGUGUGCCUUCUUCAAGCAAGGCCAGUGUACCAAAGGAGACAAAUGCAAGUUCUCCCAUGACCUCUCGCUCGAGAGGAAAUGUGAAAAGCGCAGUGUCUACAUCGAUGGCCGAGAUGAAGACCUCGAAAAAGAUACCAUGGAGAACUGGGACGAGAAGAAGCUGGAGGAAGUUGUAAACAAGAAACACGGCGAGACUGAGAAAAAGAAGGCGAAAACUCAGAUUGUCUGCAAGUACUUCCUUGACGCCAUCGAGAACAACAAGUAUGGAUGGUUUUGGGUUUGUCCUGGAGGGGGAGACAACUGCAUGUACCGCCAUGCGCUCCCUCCUGGGUUCGUGCUCAAGAAAGACAAGAAGAAAGAAGAGACGGAGGAGGAGCAGAUUUCACUGGAGGAGCUGAUCGAGAACGAGCGAUCUGCGCUGGGACCAAACGUCACCCGCAUCACCCUGGAGACAUUCUUGGCCUGGAAGAAGAGGAAGAGGCAAGAGAAGGCGGCGAAAGCGGAGCAGGACAUGGAGAGGAAGAGGGCCGAUUUCAAAGCAGGCAGGGCACUGGGGGUCAGCGGUCGUGAGGUGUUUGAGUUCCGUCCUGAUCUGGUGAAUGACGACGAUGAGGAGGCUGACGACACUAGAUAUGCCGAGGAUGACAAUGACACCAUUCAGGAGGCUGAAGAUGUCCAGGAAUGUCAGGACAUUGAUUUGGCCAGGUUUGUUCCGAAAGAAGUGGACAACGCUGGGAUCACAGUGGCGUCUGCUGACCGGUUUACUUCCAAAUCACAGCCAGCAAACGAAACCGACGACAAUAAGCUGAGCGAGGCGUCGGGGGGCCUGGAGGAGAACGGGGAGCACCGCGAGGGGGGGGACCCGGAGGGGGAGGACAGCGACGCCGUGCCCGUGGACGAGAACCUCUUCACUGGGGAGGACCUGGACGAGCUGGAGGAGGAGCUCCACACACUGGACCUGGAGGAAUAACACCGGGACCGUGGGGGGGAAGCCGCGUUUGGCGGGCUGUGCGAAGGCCUGAGAUGAACCACAGCCUUUCAACAGUAAACAUCUUCAUUCUGGAGUCCGGCAGCCAGCGCUUCCUUUGCCCCUCCCCCCUACAGUGUGUUCCUGGAUGCAGCAGGACGGAGAGGCGUGGACGAUGCCGAGUUUGCGUUCUGUAAUCUCUGAUCUGAUUCGGCUUCUUUAACUUAUUCCAGUGAAUGGCAUUUACAGUGGUCUGGCCCUGUGAAAGUGCUGUUUAAGGGUAUGAAUUCCAUGCAUUUGGACACGGCUGCCUGUUUCCCAUUCGCUUGUAUGUGAUAUGAAAUCUCAAAGAACAUUCAGUGGGAACACUUAUGAAAUAUUAUUGGCUAGAAUGGAUUAAGGUAGAUAUUUCCUAAUUAAAUUUCACAUGCCUUACUGAUUAUUUUGGCAAUAUAAUGCCUAUGAUGUCCCAAAAAUGCUGAUGAGAAUAAGCUUUGAUGGCGUUAUCAAAUUCAGAGCAAUACAGUAGAACUCAGUCUUUACAAAUAUGGGUUUUCUUGUCUUGCUGAAAUGGAAGCUUGUUUGUGGAAUAGCAGGGAGUUUGUGAGCAGCAAAAUGCCUGUAUCAGGAUGCAAAUACUUCAGGAUGAAUUGCACAGGGUGCUCAGUUUCACGUCUUUAAAAGCCUCAAACGGGGACAUUCUCAAGGGGAAGGUUACACUGGUGCAUGGCUGUACAAAUCAUUGUUCUGCACAUUAAAGAAGCUUUGAUGAGCCGUUUAAGGAUAACGCAAGAGGCUGUCUAAGGGGUAAAUACCAUGGCCGCAGAGUUGGCUGCUCUGCUGUGAAUUGUAUGUCAUUUCAGAAACGGGAAAAAAGGCCUGGUCAUUUAAGGCCCAUUUGUCCUUGUGUAAUUGGUUGUUUUAACUUCCCUUUCACCAAUAUGCCAAGAUGAGUUGUAAAUAAAAAAAAUCUGAUGUGA